UUUUGCUAUCGCGAAAAAAAAUGCAAAGCAUGCACCGCCCAACUUGAUCAUAUUUCACUAAACUAUAAAUAGACUUUGGUUGUCUUCAUUUCCAGGCAAUAUUACUUGCUUAUUAUUUUCCUCAGGAUGACGAAACGAUAGUUCGAAAAAGAUUGGAGUGCUCCAGUCACAUUGAAUAUUUCCACCGGGACAAAUUGCGGGAAAAUGCAAUCGUAGCAGUGGUUGUUUGUGCAAGAUAAUAGAAAAUAAUAUGCCAAAGAAAAGUUUGUUCUUGCUAAAUCUUUUUACGAGUGUAACGAGACGAGGAGAUGAGGACGGGAAGGAGCGAAGGAGGAUGUUUCGCGAGUGACACACAGAUAAUGAAUUAAUCUCUGUUGCACAUAGGAACUGGAAGUUUGCAUUUGAUUAUAUUUCCUUGUGCUAUGUUUGCGCUCGUUGAACUUUAAGGUUACGUCAUCAACUACACGCCGUCUCGAAAUCCAGGACAGUAUAUUUUCAACGAAAUCUACUUUAUUUAAUCCUAAAUAAAAGUACCUAUUUUUGAUACAAGGUAAAAAACAAAGACGUACUUAUAAUCUAAUGUUGACUAUGGAGAAUGAGCAAACAGGGAAAAAGCGUAGCGUACGCAAUGCCUUACACCGCAUACCUCAGAAUAUAUCCAGUGUAGUAGAAAAUUUUUUUUACAGACUCGGCUAUCAGAUUGCUCGGCAUCCUUUAAAAUGGAUUUUAGGCUGCACGGUCAUUGUGCUCAUCUGCCUUUUUGGCCUUUAUCGAUUCAGACAGGAAAAAAAUCCUCUCAAACUUUGGAUACCUCCGGAUUCAGACUUUGUAAAAGACACAGAGUGGGUCAUGUCAAAUUUCAGACAUGGUCAACAGGUGGAGACAAUGAUAUUGACCGGAGAAAAUAUUCUUCAUCCUGAAGCGCUCUACGAACUGAACGAGAUAACAAAGCGAAUAUUGACCUUACAAACAGCUUCUCAGCCGGCAAUAUCAUGGUCGGAUGUAUGCUUCAAAGUGCCUAUAAUUUCGGGUUUCGUUGGUCGCUCCAAAAGAGACGUGGACGAUGACGAUUUUUUCGACCAAAUUCCCGAUGCUCAUUCGAAAGGAGGCACUUUCGAUCCCAGUCUCGACUUAUCGACUGAUCUCUAUUGCCCCAUCGUCAAUAGUUUACCCAAGGGAUGUCUUCUUCUGAGUAUUCUCGAUAUUUGGGACUUUGACAGUGUUCUGAUAAAAAAUCAAACGCAGGACGAUAUAAUAAAUAAAUUUAAUUCCGCAAAGACGAGUCCAACACUCGGGCACCCCAUGAAUUUCACUGAUCUCCUGGGCGGCGUUACUCGCGACGAGGGCGGACGUGUGAUCGGAGCAACGGCGGUCGAAACGCUUUGGAUGGUACAUAUUAAUUUUAGCGAUGUGAAAAUGAACGAGUCUGGUAACGACGCGGGAACGGCCGAUUGGAUCACCGUUGACAUCCUCAACUGGGAAGCGCUAUUCUUACGUGAACUGGCGUCCAGUUCUCGAUAUCUGAAUGCACUUAACGUCGCGGGAACAAACGAACAGAAUUUAAAAUUGUGGUACCGAGCUGGACGCAGCUGGGGCGACAUCAGCUCCUCGACCAUGUUUCAGGAUACUGGAAAAAUUGUGUUUGGCAUUUUGCUCAUGUCCGUUUACGUACAAAUUAUUUUGUCCCGGUUCAACUGGGUCGAAUGGCGAUUUUGCUUGACAAGUGUCGGGCUCCUUUGUGUCGGUGGAGCUUUCGUCGUCGCUAUUGGAUUAUGCUCUCUAUUCGGGGUGCCUUACGGUCCCGUGCACACGUCGCUGCCGUUUAUGCUAAUGGGUUUAGGGGUCGAUGAUAUUUUCGUUAUGAUGGCAUCCUGGGACCAGAUUCUCUCACAUUCGCCCAAUCGAUUGAGAUCACUAGCCGAGAGAAUCGGUAUGAUGCUCAGCCACGCUGGUGCAGCGAUUUUCGUCACUUCUUUUACGGACGUCGUUGCUUUUAUUAUCGGUGCAUCCACGAUCCUACCAUCGCUUCAGUCGUUUUGCAUUUACGCUGCGGUCGGCGUGAUGAUGACUUUUCUCCUGCAAGUAACAUUCUUCGUCGCAUUUUUCACGUUGGACAUGAAGCGCGUGGAAAGCAAAAGAAACGGCGUAAUUCCGUGCAUCGUUCACGAAAAAUACGAGCUGAUUUAUCUCAAGCCAAGCAAAUCGAUAUCUUGGCGAUUCAUCGAUUUUCUUUAUUCCAAAAUAAUCCUCACAGUUCCUGGUAAAAUAGUUGUUAUUCUGGUUACGAUUGGGGUUGCGAGCUUUGGAAUUCUUGGCUGUUGCCAAUUGGAGCAGUGGUUCGAUCCCGAGUGGUUCAUACCGACAGACACGUACCUCAGUGAUUUUAUUAAAGUUAAAAACGAACAAUAUCCAGGGCGGGGUCACCCUGGCUCAGUUUUUAUCGGCGACAUAAAGUAUCACGAAGAAUUCCCCCGGAUAAUGGCGCUGACCGAGUCCUUAAAAAAUUUGACGACGAUUGAUCACGUCGACGCGUGGCCUCACGAAUUCGCUGAUUUCAUGAGGAUUCAUUUUGACAAAGAUGUGACGAAAGGAGAGAUGAAUUCUGCAGAGUUUCACGAUUAUUUAUCGAAAUUUCUGUUCGGUCGUUCGGGAGGUAAAUAUCAGGGAAAAUUUCAUUUCGACGGUAAUUUGACCUGCGGCGUAACUGCACCGAGGAUCCUCGUCUCGAUAGUCGAUUUUUCUUUCGUGACGUUCAACGGUCCCGAAGAAUGGAUUCCGGCGAUGGACGGAGUCAAAAAUUUGGCCAAUCAUUCGAAUAUUACCGGUUUAGUAUUUGUCUGGAGUCGAAUAUUUGCCUCGUGGGUAACCGACAAGGUAAUCGCUGAAGAAGUAACACGGAAUUUGAUCCUUGCGUUGGUGUGUGUCAUGGCUACGACCGCCGUCCUCAUUGCCGAGCCGCAAACCUGCUUUUGGAUUUUGUUGUGCGUUCUUCUGACUCUUCUCGACGUUUGUGGCUUCAUGUUUUAUUGGGGCCUGACAAUAGACAUUGUCUCAUGCAUAGGAUUGGAGCUCGCGGUUGGUUUGAGUGUCGACUAUGCGGCGCACGUGGCCCACGCUUUCCUCAACAACGGAGGAUUCAACGGUGAGGAUAAUAGAUUUACGAGGACAUUGACAGCGGUGCGUCACAUCGGUGCAGCAGUUACGUACGGUGCAGGUUCAACGUUGCUGUCGCAAUCGAUGAUGGCAUUUUCGGAGGCCUACGUAUUUCGUUCCUUUUUUAAAAUAUUUUUUAUGGUUAUAACAUUCGGUCUGUGGCACGGUUUGAUACUUUUGCCAGUCGUGUUGAGCACGAUUGGGCCUCGAAGUUUGCAUUCGUCGUCCGUCAAGAGAAACGAGACCGAGGACGUGAGGUCAACCAAAGAGACGGAGGAGCUCGAAGUCUCUUUGAACAAAUUAAAUACCGAUGAAUGACGAUCCUCUGUUCAUCAUUAUCAAUAAUAUUUAUUUUUGGUUCAAUAAACAUACAAAAUUAUUACACUA